AUGCUUGGGCGUGCCCCUUCAGCUAUAAUUACAGAUGAUGACAAGGUGAUGGCUAAGGCAAUUGUUGAGGUACUCCCGAAUACAACUCAUAGGUUGUGUUUGUUGCACAUUUUACAGAAAUUUCCUAAACACUUAGCUUAUGUAUACAACAAAUUUCCAGACUUUCAAAAAGAUUUUCGUCAUUGCAUACAUGAAACAAUUACUACUGAUGAGUUCGAGCAAGAAUGGGCUUUGAUUGUGGUGAAGUAUGACCUAGGAGAAAAUACUUGGCUGCAAAAUCUUUACAGCCGACGGGAUAAGUGGGUACCCGCCUACUUGCGUUCGACAUUCUGUGCCGAUAUGUCAACAACUCAAAGGAGUGAAAGCAUGAACAAAUUUUUCAAAGAUUAUGUUCAUUCAAGCACUAUGGUUAGUGACUUUGUGCAUCAAUAUGAAAAAGCUAUAGAUGCACGUUACUUUAAAGAGAAAGAGAAGGAUGUCUGGACAAAAUCUAUAGGAGUGAUAAUGAAGACACCUUUUAAAAUUGCAGAGGAGGCAGCAAUGGUUUAUACAAGAAAAUCUUUCAUGAUCUUCCAAGAUGAGUUGUUUAAUAGUGUACGGUACCAAGCAAGAAAAUUGUAUCUGAUUGGUGAGACGAAGACAUAUGGAGUGACAGUUCAUGGUAAAGAAACACCUCUUUACCAUGUGAUAUUGGAGGGUAGUGGAGAACAUGCUACAUUUACAUGCCAUAUGUGGGAGUUUAUGGGGAUUUUUUGUAGGCAUAUCUUGUGA